UUCUCCACGACGUCUCUUUGUUUAGGGGGGUCUUUUGACACGGUAGGACUCCGGGAAUCCCCCCCGAAGCCUCCUGCACGAAGGACUGGUCUGGAAGACGCAUGAGGGUUAAUUUGAAGCCCCCACUAUACCACCACCCACACCUCCAAUUUGAAAGCCGCCUCUCUACCGGGAGAGGAAGGCUCUUUUUCGGUCAGAUGGCGUGCUGCAGUCCGCCCCCGUCAUUCUCCAGCCCACACAGACAGCAAAAAAGGCAGCCAGCAACCAAUACGCUGCGCCGGAGGAGGAUUUCUGCCAGUGAUAUCAGCCGAGGAGCGACGCGCAAAGGGGAUUUACUACGGCAAAUCUGCGCCGUGGAGGCUCUCGGCGAGAGGAGGUGACGUUGGAGAGACUAUUUCCCAGUUUACGCGGAACAGAUCCUCACAAGGGACCCGAAAAGGUCCAUGCCAUUCGCAUCCCUCUCUUGAACUCUCCAGUGCCGUGUGCCAUGUCUCUGCCACGCACCCUUGGGGAGUUGCAACUGUAUCGGGUGCUGCAGAGGGCCAACCUGCUGGCCUACUAUGAAACAUUCAUCCAGCAAGGCGGCGACGACGUGCAGCAGCUCUGCGAGGCGGCCGAGGAGGAGUUCCUGGAAAUCAUGGCCCUGGUUGGCAUGGCCACCAAGCCGCUGCAUGUGCGUAGGCUGCAGAAGGCUCUCCGAGACUGGGCGGCGAACCCUGCCCUUUUCAGCCAGCCUGUGGCUAACGUCCCUCUUGGGGGGAUCCCGCUGUUCAAAGUGGAAGGGACUGGCUCCAGUGGGUCAGCGGGUGGACCCAGAAAGGCUCUGAGCAAUGGCCAGCCCGGUUCCCCCUGCGACAGAGAGGAUCGGGCAUGUCUCACCCCCAUGUACAGCGGGAGUCCGAGAAGUCCCUGCUCCCAAGCCUCUCCGCAGCCGCUGGACACACACUACAGGGAGAAGCUCUCCCCCAUGGACCCACACUGGCUCAGCCCGGACCCCGAUGGGAACGGCGCCCUCGCCUCUGCAUCUGGAGCGGAGGAGGAGCCGCACAGCCCGCCCCUGCUGUCGACAGGUCCUCCGGGUCCCUCCACAUCUCCGGUCCCCUCCGCGUCCUUCGCCCCAGCACCCCUGUCGGCUUGGCCGGGAGGGCAGCUGGACGAGGAGACGGCCAGGGCCGUGGUGGAGAGCGUGGAGAGACUCUACAGGACCCUGCCCCGGUCGGACCCCGCCGAGGUAAAGACUCUGCUGAGGAUGAAUAAGAAGAUCGCCAAGAACGUGGGUCACAUCUUCAGAAUGGGCUCCCAGGACGCGAGCAAGGAGGAGGAGAUCCGCAAAUACAGCCUCAUUUACGGUCGCUUUGACUCCAAGAGGAGAGAAGGCAAGCAGCUGACACAUCAUGAGUUGAUCAUCAAUGAAGCUGCUGCACAGUUCUGCAUGAGAGACAACGCUCUCCUGCUCAGGCGGGUGGAGCUCUUUUCUCUGGCUCGCCAGGUGGCCAGGAAAUGUGCCUACACGUCCACACUGAAACACGCAAGAUCCAAUGCAGAUGAGAACAGCGGAUUGUCUCUGAAGAGGGCGAGACACGAGGUCAUCGUGUCUGAGUCAUCGCUCCUUGGAGUGGAGGAAUCUGAAGGAGCGACUCAGAGAGCGGAUGAAGACAGCUUGUCUACAGAGAGCCUUGACUGUGCAUCGCAUGACUCCAGCUCCCAGUGCAACCAGUCUCUGUCCCCCCGUCCCCACACCGACGGCUCAAACCCUGCCAGCUGGAGCCGCCAUCUCAUCCAGCAGACUCUAAUGGACGAAGGCCUGCGAUUGGCUCGUAUGGUGUCACACGAUCGGGCGGGGAAGCUCUGCCUGGGGCCGGAGGGAACCCACUCAGCAGACCGUGACAUCAAGGUGGAGCGGCCGAUCACGAUAACCGUGUGCAGGAGCAGUAGCCCUUGUGUUGCCAAAGAGCCAACCAUCACCUCCAACCACAGAGGAAAGUGAAACCUGCCGUCCAUCCAGGAGAGCGGCGCUCAGAGAGGGGACUCAAAGUCGAGCUGUAAAUCUGAGACUUUGCAAUCAUCUGACUAAACAGGCCUGUCAUGACUUGUAAACACAAUCAGCUGUAAAAUGACGAUCCCAAAAGAGGUUCUGUUUUUAUAUAUAUAUCAGUUGGAUGGAAGGGAACCCGUCUUUGUUUUAGUGUCCUGCAGAGCUUAGCUGUAUUCUGUCAGGGAAAGUGUUUUAUGUUACUGCGAGUGCCGCUGCGUGCAGGAGGAUCCACCUGCCACAGAUGAAACACGUUUGCGCAGCAGGGGGCACUGCGACUUUGGAAGAAGUUCCUCCACACUGAGCAACACUGCAGAGGAAAUGGGUGUUUAGCAGAGACCUUUCUUUUUGCAAGUUACAACAUAAUGCUCUGGAGCUCCUCACCUCAGGAAACCACUGGAUGCUUUGUUUAGGACAGAGGUCAGCAUCGUGCAAGUCAAACUAACUCUCUAAUAGUACUUUGCAAGAAUGCUCAUAUUCCAGAACAUUUUAGCUUUUUUUUUUUGCAUUAUAAUGGCAAGCUCCAAUUGCUUUUAUUUUUUCUGUUUUUUUUAUAUAUCCACAAAAAGAUAGCACAGGUCCAUGUUAUCUUGUAAAUAGGGCCUUUUAAUGGUGCCCCACACAAAGCUGACAACAAAAAGAGGGCGAACCUUUUCCCCAGAAGCGCCCCCAGACUGGUUUAUUUUUUUUAUUUAAAGGCUAGUUAAAUCUGUCUUUUUCAAUCAGGUUUUAAUUAAUUUGUUUAAUGGGUCUAUUGUCAAAAACUUUAUUUUCAUCUUGAGAACUAAAAAAUAAAGUUUUACUUCCUUAGCUACUUAUUUAGAAGGAAAGUAUUACAUGAUGUUUUUACAAAUGAAAUCCUAAAACACUCUGCUGCGCAGUUGGUGGCACUGAAUUUUUUUUUUUUAUGGUACCCGAGUAAUGGAAGUUCAUGCAUACUUGUAAUUCAUUUCUAUUUGUAAGGAACUUUAAAAGUCUUCUAUGUUUUUCCUUUCGCUUCACAAUCACGCGCCACGUUAUCACAUAAAA